AUGGAAGAUCAAAAAACGAGGAGAAGAAACCCUAAUAGAGAACAUGUUAACCCGUUUUGGAAUUCGGGUCUAGAAGUGAAGCUAAGGAGGCUUGUAUCUGGUGCUGAAACGAUGGAUCCAUGCGAUUUGUUGGAUGGAACUGUUGAUUUAUAUAAAGCUAGAAUCAAGACAAUUGAAACUUUGAAUGAUAAGGCACUUCAAGAUCUGGAGAAGGUUGUGUCGCCAUGGUUAAAAUGUACGAAUUCAACAAAAGUCCUGGUGAUUGUCUCUCAACAUAUUGAAGGUGAUGGGGGGUGGAAAACGAUGCGGCCGAAUCGACUCGAUCGACAAGUGUAUCUCCCAACUCCCAAGUCCCAACCGCUCGUGUACGCCCUCUUUAGUCUUGGCAGGCACAUAUAUCACUGUUUGUUCUGGUUACCCCAAACGAUUAAUCAUACGCUUAGAUCAAUCGACGUUAAUUCAAACUCUGACUGGUUACUUCUGUGA